GCAGGUGAAGGUGUGUGGCGAGGUAGCCACGGGAACAGGGCCCAAUAAGAAGGUGGCGAAGCGGAAUGCUGCCGAGGCCAUGCUACUACAGCUGGGAUACAAGGCCUCCACCUGCCCACAGAGCCCUACAGAGAUGGACGACAAAGGCUGGAACGGACAAAAGACGGCUUUUAAUGAAACUCCAACAAACAGCCAGAAGGGUCUACUCCACCUCUCCCCGGACGUCUAUCAGGAGAUGGAGGCCAGCAGGAAACAGGGGACCCCGGUUAACUACCUGACCCCCAAACUAUCUGACCCCCUGGUCGUCCCCCCGUCCCCUGGACACACCCCCUACUACAGCCCCCCCGCAGUCGCCACGGCAGCCAUGGCGAGGGAGCUGUUGAUGAACGGGUCAGGAGAGGGGAGGUCUGGGGAGAACAUAGGCCUGAAGGGGAAGAGCUCUGUCCAGCCCUCACAGCAACUAGAGUACCUGGCUCGCAUACAAGGCUUCCAGAUCUGCCCUGCAUACCACAGCCCUAAUCCCAGAUAGCAGUGCAAUAGAGACUGUUCAUUCUACAGUAUAACUCCACAUGCUAUCUACCACCCCAC